AUGGUUGAUAUUUUACCCAAUUCGUUUUCAGUCCAUGGCGACCAAGAACUCGAACCUCCGGCCGAAUCACCGGAAAUCGAGAAACUGGGUGUGGAUGACAUGUUACAGAAGUAUUGCGGCGAGUUCGGGUCCUGGCAAUUGAGGCACUUCUUGUUGACAUGCUUGGCUUGGGCUCUCGAGUCCAUUCACACCACCGUCAUGAUCUUCGCCGACCGCCAACCGGGCUGGCGGUGCUUGGACGGUGGCUCUGGGCGGGGUUGCUCGCCCGACGCCCAUAGUGUCUGUGACCUUAGGCCUGGCUCAUGGGAGUGGAUCCAUGGUAAGGGAAGCUCGACGGUGGCUGAGUGGGGCUUGGUCUGUGAUUUUUAA